GCAAUAGGGAGUGGGUGAGGAGAGGGGAUGAGGAUUAGGUGAGGUGAGGAUAGAGGGAAGGAGAGAAGAGUGAGGGAGAGUGAAGACUGGGGGCAUAAGUAGUGAGGGAUGGAUGAUGGGGCAGGUGAGGAUUGGUAAGCUAAGGGUGCGGGCGAUAUAUGGGACCCUUGAAUGGGGAUGGAGGACAGGUGAAGCAUUGGGGUGGGGAAAUUGGGUUUUGGGGUAAUGGAUGGUUUUAUGAUCUGGGAGGGGGAGUAUAGGAAGGGGAAGGAAGACAGUAGUGGGAAGGAUUAAGGGUAAGAUGGAAGGAUGUGAAAGAGAAGGGUAUCAGACUAGGUAGAGAACAGAAAGUUAGAAAAAAGUGAGUGGGAGGAGAAUAUGGUGGCACAUAAUAAAUUUGGGUAAAGUUACCAUCCACAGUGAUACUAUGGACUUCACCAGGCAGAGACCUGGAUCAAAGUUCAAAGAGAACCUGUUUUGCCUGAAACUGGAAAUAAUUGGCAACCAUGGCAGAAGAUGAUCUGAUCUUUGAGAUCGAAGGUGUUGGCAGUACAAGUCGAAACUCUGUGGACGAUAGUGAUGAUGAAGAGCAGUAUCUUAUCUGCUCCAUCACAGAUUAUGAUGAACAUAAGUCAAAUAAGAUUUGCAAUCACAAUUACUUGAAGGGCAAGCUUUGUGAAACUUCCAGUUCCCCUGUAAGGUCAUUCAACUUUAAGAAUCACGAGACCAGUCCUAAGUUUGGCUCAUUAACUGACCGAGGUCGGGAAGCUUGGAAGCAUGCAUUUGAAAAAGCCAAGCACAUGCCUGAUCCUUGGGCAGAAUUCCACCUGGAAGAAAUUGAGACAGAGACAGCAACUCGUUACAGGUACAAUGCUAUUUCAGGAAAGUGGGUUGAAGAUGAAGUGCUCAUGAAAAUGGCGAAACAGCCCUUUGGCCGUGGCGCCAUGCGAGAAUGCUACCGAACGAAGAAACUUUCAAACUUCACACGUUACCAGCAGUGGAAGUCUGCCUCCAAUUAUGUUGCAAAGUGUUACAUAGACUCUGUGGAUCGAGAUGUGUACUUCGAGGAUGUGCGACUCCAGAUGGAGGCAAAGCUGUGGGGCGAGGAGUACAGCAGACAUAAGCCUCCCAAACAGGUGGACAUCAUGCAAAUGUGUAUUUUGGAGAUGAAGAACAGACCUGGGAAACCUCUAUACCAUCUAGAACACUACAUUGAGGGCAAAUACAUCAAAUACAACUCCAACUCGGGCUUUGUGAGGGACGAGAACUUUCGCCUCACGCCACAGGCAUUUAGUCAUUUCACCUUUGAACGUUCAGCGCACCAGCUGAUAGUGGUGGAUAUCCAAGGAGUGGGUGACCUGUACACAGACCCUCAGAUCCACACGUCCAGUGGCACAGACUUUGGAGAUGGCAACUUGGGUGUGCGAGGGAUGGCAUUGUUCUUUCACUCUCAUGCCUGCAACAGCAUUUGCAAGACAAUGGGGCUUACUCCGUUCGAUCUGUCGCAGAAGGAAAUGGCAGCAUUGGAGCACGCACAGAAUUUACUGAAAACAGCAAAGACUGUCCUUCGAGGCAGUGAGGAAGUGUGCGGCAGUAACAGGGUAAGGACACUCUCUGGCUCCAGGCCUCCUAUCCUCCAUCGCCUCUCUGAGAACUCUGGAGAUGAAAACGUGAACGACAGCCUGUUCGACUCCCUCCCCUGCUCACCCUCGUCCUAUUUGAGUCCGAAGGAAGACAUGCUGGGCAAAUCUCCAAUGGGUUGGACGGUGUUUAAUGAGGUUGAUAAUCUGAACAGUGAACACAAUGGCUCAUUGGGUGAGCGACGGAUGUCUGAAUCGGGAGGGGACAGUGGAUGUCCCAGUGAGCGGAGGAGUGAACUGGAUGGGGAGCUGGCAGACCGGGUAAACUCAAAUGCGCGAAGGUAUUGUGAAUCUGAUGAAGACAGUAUCCGGCGGGAUCACCAUAAUGAAGACAAGUGGAACCAUUACCACUCCUCCAGAGCUCACUCGCACUGGCCUUCGUGUGUGGCUGUUGAGGUGCAGCGACUUAAUACCUUCAAACAGGAAAAGAAAAUUGGGAAGUCCAUUCUGGGCAAGGUGCAUCUAGCCAUGGUACGGUACCACGAGGCAGGCCGCUUCUGUGAAAAGCUGGAGGACUGGGACCGUAAAUCUGCCAUCUUCCACCUUGAGCACGCUGCGCUCUGUGGGGAGCUGGAAGCCAUCGUUGCCCUGAGUCUUAUCUACCUGCAGUUACCCCACCACAUCCUGACCGACGUCACUGUGGAGGACAGUGACGAGCACCGCAAGGUUGGCUUCGACUACCUGCUGAUUGGUGCAGAAGCGGGGGAUCGUCCGUCCAUGAUUCGGGCAGCUCGAGCCUUCGACACUGGCAUCAGCCUUGGUCCCGACCGGGUGCGUGACUGGAAGGAAGCUCUGUACUGGUACAACGCCGCUCUGAACAUGACAGAAUAUGACGAGGGAGGGGAAUAUGAUGGCACAGGGGACGAGCCCAAGUACAGCCUCCUGGCGCGAGAGGCAGAGAUCCACAUGACGGGGGGGUUUGGUGUCGAGCCGGAUCCACAGACGGCAGGCGAUCUCUUCACCGAAGCAGCCGAGGCAGCCAUGGCUAGCUUGAAAGGCAGACUCGCCAACCAGUAUUACCAGCAGGCUGAGGAGGCCUGGGCCAGGAUGGAGGAAUGAAUUAAUGAUUCGCAUACUGCUGGGGGCGAUUCAGUGACCAAUGGCUGCCUUCCUGUGUCACCGAUGGACCCUUGGGGCUUCCUCCGCUAUUUUUCAUUGUGUGAUGGAUGAUGCCAUGGGCUUGUGUGGCUGCUCGUGGUACAGUUAGCACUGGCGUCGUGUAGAGUUUAACAGCACUUUUUAUGUAUAUACUUUGUGUUAGGGCUGUUACAGAACAUGAACUUUCCUUAUGAUUAGAUGGUAAGGCCAGGACAGGACGUGCUUUUUUGAUGACUAAAUGUAUUUAUUUUUAUUUCAAAAUACAGCAUGGAAUAGGGCCUUCUCAUCCAACGAGCUGCACUGGCCAGCACUCCAUCUGGAAUUGAACUCUGAACCCUGGAAUGCCCCAAGCUGUCAUAGCAUUGCGCUAAUCACUAUGCUACAUGAUGCCCAAGUCAUAAAUGACUUCCUGGUUCUAACAUUUACUCUUAAGGAAAUUUCCUCAUGAUUACUACACGAGCAGUUCUGUCAGUUUACAGCUCUGGGUUUACAGAAAAGCUGUUCUGCUGUUUCCCCUUUGAUAGUAAAGCAGCAGGAAAUUACUGAGUCUUAACUGUAUGUAUGUUACCAUUUUGCAAUAUGAAUGUCUGAUGUUGAUUCAGAUUAAUUUAUCACAUGUUCGUCAAAACAUACAGUUAAAUGUGUCGUUUGCCUUAACAACCAACAGUCUGUGGAUGUGCUGGGGGCAGCCCGCAAAUGUCACUACACAUUCCAGCACCAACAUAGGAUGUCCACAACAUAACAGAACGUACCAGGCAACAACAGUGAAACAAGCCUUGUCCCUCCCUCCCUCCCUCCCACGCACAUAUGCAGUCCUCUAACUCCAGGAUGACUGACAAUAUUAGCACUAUUAGUUGAGGGAGAGGUAGAGAUGGGACAAAUGCAAGCAGGCUUUUUCCAUUGAGGCAGGGCAAGACUAGAACUAGAGGUCUUAGGGUGAAAGAUGAAGUGCUUGAGGGAACAUGAGGGGGGGUGGCGUCUUCUUUCGGAGGGCAGUGGAACAAGUGGAAGUUCUGGAUGCAGAGUUUGGAUGGGUAUGGAGGGAUAUGGUCUAGGUGUGCUUCAAUGGGAAUAGGCUGAGUAACAAUUCGGCAUGGGCUAGGCGGGCUGAGGGGCUGUAGUACAGUAUGCUUCUAAUACUGGGCUCAGGAAGGGAGUGACUUCACAGUGCUGGGAUUCGUCUGAGACCCUCCACCCUACAGAAGGCAGCUACCCCGUGGUCUGUGCACAUUCUGAAUCCCAAGAUGCCAUGAUUUAUGGACAGAAGGAAACUUUCUACCAUUCCCAAUACAGAUGUGCUCUGAAUUCCUCUUCCAGCUGUGGUUUGGAGCCACUGUCCAUGAGGAUAAAUCCUGCUUUAGAGAACAUGUCAUCCUUUUUAACCUACUCUUCCCUCCCACAUUGCCCUCCAUUUUUCUAUCAUUCAUGUGCCAAACUAAGAGUUUCUUAAAUGUUCCUAAUGUUUCUGCCUCUAUCACCACUGCUGGCAAGGUGUUCCACCAUUCACUCUAUAAUAAAAAAAAAUCUACCUCUGGCAUCCACCCUGCAUACUUUCCUCCAAUCACCUUAAAAUGGUGGCACCUCAUGUUAGCAAUCACUACUCUCUCACUCACACUCUCUCUCUCUGUCUCUCACUCAUCAUCUUGUACACUUCUACCAAAGCACUUCUCAUCAUCCUCCAAACAGAAAAGCCUUAGCUCUCUCAACUAGCCUUAUAAGACAUGCAGCACCCUGGUAAAUCUCCUGUGCACCCCUAAAGCUCCCACAUCCUUCCUAUAAUAAGUCGACCAGAACUGCAACGUUACCUCGUGGCUCUUGAGCUCCCUUUCCCAACUAAUGAAGGCCACCACAUCAUACACCUUAAUUAUAUCAACUUGGACAGCAACUUCAAGCAUUCAUAAACACGAGAUUCUGCAGAGUGCAGAGUAACACACACGAAAUGCUGGAGGAGACCAGCAAGUCAAGCAACAUCUAUGAGAGGAAUAAACAGUCUAUGUUUUGGGCCAAGAUUCGGUGAAGAGUAUCAACCUGAAAUGUUGGCUGCUUAUUCCUCUGCCUUAUUUGCUGAGUUCCUCACACAUUUUCUGUAACUUUGAGGGUCUGUGGAUAUAGGCUGCAAGAUCUAUCUGAUCCUCUACACUGCUUAGAAUCUUGCCGUUAACCCUUCCAGUCUGUAAUGCGAUGGCAUUGUUAACAACACCAGCGUGAUUUUCUGGAUCAAGACUCAGUCCAUAGCAGAAUUGAAAGCUUGUCCUUGAAUAGCUGCAUCGCCCUCUGAAUGUCAGACACAGCGUUAUCAUGUCAGCUGUUCAGGUAGGGCUGGAUGUCUAGCUUCACGGCCUCACGUACACAUUGCCUUUUUUAAGUAAAGGCCACCCCCUGUCCAAAGCCUUGCAUGUUUUAACCCUCCAACCCGCCGAGCCAUUGUCAACUAACCCUCAGAACUUCUGGCUGCUCAGUGUGAGCACUUUGUAGUCAGCUUUGUAUCAUACUUGAGAGCAAGUGCAGGUACCGUGAGAGUAUCAGAUCCCAAGGAAGCCUGUAGUCUAGACCACUGUGGAAGUAUCAUUAAUCUGGAAAGGGGUUCAAAGAUACACACAUAGUUGUUGAAAUUCGAUAAUCAAACGUGAAGUAUAAAUAUGAAUAAAAUCACACUGCUGGAAAUGGGCAGCAACACAGAGAUGAACAUCAGCUUGAAGAACAGCCAUUGACAUUCUGGGAUAAUCCUAUACAGACACAUUGCAAAAUACUAAAAACCUGAAUUGUUGGAAAUAGCAUCGGGCAGCAGCUGUGGUGAGGGAAACUGUUUGGGGUCAUUGAUCUUUUAAAUUGCCAUAAUUCAUGUCUCUUUGAUGUUAAGAUGAAGAAUAAUCUUAUGUUGAUGUCAGUCUGGGUUUUACGAAGGGGACAAGUGCCCUUCUGCAAAUGGGGACAGGCACUUGUUCCCUAGAAAUUUACAGUUUUUGUGUAAUAUGAAUGAGCUUGGCAAGAAUAAAUUCCUUUUUACUCUU